AUGCCGUUGUCAAAGAAUUCUGAUACCCCAGAUGACACGAGGUUUGAUCUGAAAACAGUUGAUAAGGCCGCCGAGUUACGGCGAGAUGCCAGAGCGUACAUGGCAGAUGGUCGGUAUGAUCAAGGCAAGGAAGCAUACCUAGCAUCAGCUCAAUGGCUUGUGGCUGGGAGGGAUGCCAAUACGGACCCUAAGCGGCGAUCGCUGUUCAAUAGGCAUUUGGCUGAGACGCUUGGCUUGGCAGAGGAAGCCGCUGACAAGAUUCGUGUCUUCGAGGAAACGCAGAAGAUAGUCGAGACUGACGGUUGCUACUCCUCGGGUAUGGCUAAGAUUGAUAGUUUAGUGAAUAGUCAUAGGUUUAUGGAGGCUUUGAAUACAUUGAAGUCGUGCCGCCAUCGAUUGGAGCAGAUAGAAGCUGUUUUGGUUGAGUCCUGUGAAGGAGAGGGGAGGGAAAGUCCGACGCGGCGAGCGGUUAGUAAUAGCAGGGCUCGAGUAGAUGAGAUGAUAGCGAGAUAUCGAGAGCUGAGCAAAUCGCCCGUAUUACCGUUGAGAGCGGCGGGUUCUAGCAAGCUGAAGAACCCCUUGAAGGCACAGCUGAAACAACAGCAGCAGCAGCUGUCUGUCAUUUCGGAGCCUUCGACCUUAUCGCCUGAACGAGUGUUGACCGCUAAGGAGAGUAGAAUCGUGAUCAGAGGAGGGGAGAUUGGCGGAAUGGAGUUCCCUGAAUGGUCUGACGAUGAAGAUGCUGUUAUACUCGAUGAUAGUGGAGGACGAAUAUUAUCCGGGACUAUGCCUCAAUUCACCAGAAAUAAUGAUGACGUGCUGAACCUGUCGCCACAACAAGAGCCUCUUUGCACCAAGUGGGGUCCACUGUCGAGUGCUAGUAUUCCUGCGAGUAAUAAGGAGACCAGAUUCCUCGUCACGGACACCUCGGCUGGGCAGCUAGUGCAGAAUCUCGUUGGCGACUGUAGCUUCAUAUCGGCUUUAGCGAUAUGCAUGCAUUGGGAACAACGGUAUCCUGCUAAUGGCCGCCAAUCUGACCAACCUCGACUGUUCUCGGAUAAGAUAUAUCCACAAAAUCGGCAGGGGCAAGCCGUGAAGUCACCAACGGGCGCUUACAAAGUUAAGUUGUUCGUGAAUGGAGUAUGGAGGCUGGUAGAGGUCUCCGACUGGUUCCCCCUCUCUUCUAGCGGUAUGUUGUUGACAUCUUAUUGUAAGAAUGGUGACUGGUGGGCACCAAUCCUCGAGAAGGCCUUUAUGAAGGUUCAUGGAGGAUAUGGGUUCCCUGGAUCCAUCGGUUCCUGUGACCUCUACGUCUUAACAGGCUGGCUGCCUGAGGAAAUCUUCUUUGCAGACCUAAGGUCUACAACACCACCGAGUGUUGCGUCUGAACCGGAGGUGUUGGCACGUUCGUCUACCCCACCGAAGUCUCUCUGUGACCCUGAGCGAGUGUGGGAGAUCCUACAUUCUGGAACGAAGCAUGGUGAUUGCCUUCUAACUGUAGCAUGUGGUGAGCUAUCAGAGGCAGAGUCCAGCAGGACAGGUUUAGCCAGUCGCCAUACUUAUGCCAUACUGGAGAUACUGGUAUGGUUGGUGCUGACUCAGCACAAUUCAGAGUUUCCGACUCAUGAGAAUCAAGAUUUUAUAUUCAACAACGUCACAAUACAUGUUUAUCGCACCCGAUGGAAGUCUGGAUUUAAUGCAGGGGGAAGUGGUGACAAGAGCACAUUCAAGAGGAACCCCAUGUGGGUUUGUAUGUUGGACGCCGAUGCCGCUCGUGCUAUACCCGACUGGGAAUUCCGAGCUACUGUCUGUGUUGGCGGUGGUGGGAGUGUUUUUGAUGAUGAAGAUGAUACUGAACAGGUGACUAAUAGUGUUUACAAACCAGCAGUGCAUUUCCUCCGAUCGUCUGUGCUUCGAAGCUGUCCAUCAUCGAUGCCUCUGUUCACCGAUGAAGUGUUAGCUAUGUGCCCGCACUGGCCUAAUAUGUAUGUUUCCAAUAGAGUCGGCAAAAAUAAGAUACUCGAUGUAGCUCAAGACGCCCCCGAUGUUGAAAUACGCAAAGCUUAUCGACGGCUUGCGGUUAAACUACAUCCAGACAAGAACAGAGACGUCGACCAAUUCCAACAGCUUGCUAGAGCGUAUGAGGUUUUAUCAUCACCACAACUGAGGGAGGCAUAUGACUACUUCCUUGCCCAUCCAAAUGAGCAACUCUACCAUUCUGGCCAUUACGGAAGCUCUGGUGGCUUUGGUCCACCAGGCAUGAACGUCGAGAACGAAGGUAUGGCUUAUCGGGGGCGAGGACUGAUGGAGGAGAAGGCUAGGGUGGCCGCAGAGGAGCAAGCCAAGGCGGAGGAGGAACAGGCACGUCAUCGGAGGGAAGAGAGAUUGAGGUUACGUCAGGCAGGGAGGGAGAGGAAGAUGAGGGAACAACGGCAACGACGAGAAGCUGUCGAACAGCAUGCCGAGGAGAAGGCCAAGGCUGAAAUGAAGAGACGGCAACAGAAGGCUGCUGAGCGUGCAGCCUAUUUAACAUCACGAGAUAGGCUCACAGAAAAGCUGAAGCGGGUCAAUCCCAAGGCGUAUGGUAUAGUGUUGAGUCGGAUGAGCCGCGAGGAGGUGAUCAAAUACUCGACGAUCUCGGACAAGGAAGUUCUUAUUCAUUUGGUGGAGACAAAAAUGAAUGGCGAUAAGGAGGAAGAACAGACCACUGAAUGGAGCGAAGAGGAGUUGGCUAAGUUGACCAAAGCCCUCACCAAGUAA